AGCUCGGCGUCGUUCAGCGCCCCGAACAUGGCGGGCAUCAAAGCUCUCGUGGCGCUGUCCUUCAGCGGAGCCAUCGGGCUGACGUUCCUCAUGCUGGGCUGCGCCCUGGAGUACUACGGUGUAUACUGGCCUCUGUUUGUCUUAAUAUUUUACUUCAUCUGCCCCAUUCCCCACUUCAUUGCAAAAAGAGUAAGUGAUGACAGUGAUGCAGCCAGCAGUGCCUGCAGGGAAUUGGCAUAUUUCUUCACAACUGGAAUUGUUGUUUCUGCCUUUGGAUUUCCUAUAAUCCUUGCACGGGUUGAAGCGAUCAAAUGGGGAGCCUGUGGUCUGGUGCUGGCUGGCAAUGCAGUCAUUUUCCUUACUAUUUUAGGCUUUUUUCUUGUGUUUGGUAGAGGAGAUGACUUUAGCUGGGAGCAGUGGUAGGACAUCGCUCUGAUGCUGGUAAUAUUUUACAGCAUGUAUCACCAUAUGUAUACUCUGUGUGUGUAUAUGUGUAUAUAUUAUAACACAUGUGUGUGUGCACGCUGAGAUGUACGUAUGUGCAUAUGCAUAGAUGUAUGUAUGUGCACAUGCAUGUAGUUUUACAUUAUCAGAUCAUAACAUGCUUUUUUAAAAUGCAUUUCAGCCAAAGGGAAAGGGCCCUUGUGACAGCUGUCUUACUGUAUUCGGUAAAAGCUGGAAUCACCGUUGCAAAUUUGUCCCCGAAUAAGUUUACAAAACAUAAGCUGUUUUACUCAUUUUUUCACUAUGUAUGCAUUAACUUUUGUUUUAGUCACAGUAGUAUCGUUGAUACAUGUGAUAUCGGUCAGCAUGCCUGUUGGUUUUUUUUAACAAUGUAAUCAAAAUAUGCCAAUAUAAAGAUUAUCCUACUUGGUAUUGUUCAACUUGAUCGAUCUUUCUGCUUUGAUUAGGAAUGAAUGAGUACUUGCUUUUCAUUUGAGUAAUUGCGAUUUUAGUGUUUUUUCUUGAUAACAUAAAACCAAACAUAGGUUAUGCCACCUCUUUUACUACCUAAUGAAAGAAAAAGAAAAUAACCCUGGUUAAAAAUCCUUCCUUCCACUUAUGGUGUUCAUUCAAAAAAUAAUUCCCCCCCCAAGAUACUCAGACUUUGUCCCUAUUCAGCUUAACAACUGUGGAUAUAUUUUGGGAAUAAUGUAUUUUAAUGCCUCUUUAAUGCUUAGAGCUGACGUUACUUCUCUUACGAAGGUUCACAAAAGAAGAACGGGACACUUACAAUCACAAUGUAGUAUUCAACUCUGUAUUCUUAUGUAUGAAACGCCUGAAUUGCAAAGAAGUGAGUGUUCUGCUGGGUAGGACUUCUUAUCUCCCCAGUUCUCAUUGCUUUUUAAAACAUACUUACUCAACUACUAUUUUUUUGUCUGUAAGAAAAAUUUGUUACAUUAAAACACUAUAUUUUUAAAUAGCAUUAUCCUAGUAAACAGUCACAUAAUCAUACUUAUAAAAGUAAACUUUAUUACUGUUUUGACUUGCUGAAUCCUGCACGUUGUGGAGGCAUGUAGUUUUGUAAAAACGCAUUCUGAUACAACCCUAACUCUAGAAGACAUUUCAGUAAUUUGCAAAGGGGUAAAGGAAGAGACACCUUAGUUUAUUCUUUCAUAGAAAAAUGGACAUAAAGAGGUUUCUGCUCUGUGAAUUAAGAAGCUGAAUUCCUGCCUAGGGUAUGUUUUAUUGCAAGUUCUUUAGACUAGUAGAUUGCAAAUGAGUGUUUUAUAGUUGUGUUCGUUCACAGCUGACUGCUCUCACCCUGCGUAGCUGUGAGGGACAUUGUGUCAGGAGGUAAAUGAAUCCACCCUACAAGAUGUGGCAGCUUCACCAACGCAGUGCUUUCUGCCCCCUAAGUUGUAUGGAACUACUUAUGCUGCUCUCCAAAACUCUCUCGAUACUCGUGUACUGCAAAAUGGUGUCCUGUGGAUUGCUCUGCAGAGCAAAGGUUCAAAAAUUAAUGAAUGUUACGUGAGCGCUCUGAUACUGGGUCUUUUGUUCGUGCUCAGUGCCCUAGAAGAAGGGUACAGAAAUCACUCUGUGGUCCAAGUAAUGUAAUAUCACUUAAGUAGGAAUGGAAUAUCAUGUUUCAGGAAGGUUAAUUACAUGUUUUUAAAUUUAAACUUCAGAUGUGUGGAAGGUGAACAGUUCAGUGCUGAGGAAUGCUGAGUAGCUGUGUUUUAUACUGAAGUGCGUCUAGGCUGUCAUUCUUUAAAAGAAGAAUUAACAUUAAAGGAUGUUUUUUUCUGGAUGUUAAUGCUUCAUCAAAGACAUAGCAGGAAUAUACUUGUAAAGAUGCUGUGCAUAAACAAGUUCUCUUACAAUGUCUUCUUCCUGAAUUUAGGUGAAAGCUCUUUGACCCUACUGAUUUGUAAAGUACUGCAGGGGGAAUUAUUUGUUCUAAUUAUGAGCCAAGUUGUUUAGAGUAAACAUAGUUUCCAUGUAUAAGUCCUGCUUUGAUUUUUUUGAAGAAGUUGGUUUUUUUCCUGUGCAAUGGCAUUUUUCAUUCAAAUUAGUGAAGUAAGACAGCAACAAUAAUACACAGUUUAAGUGCCUGAUCCUGUAAAUGCCUAAUGUUAUUGCUAACAAUUCUAUUUAAUUCCUGUUAAAAUACUCGUGUGCUUGCAGGGUUAGAUUUUUGAGUAUUUUUACUCCUUAGAAUUUAUGUACCGAAGGCUGCAACAGAAGUCUACAAAACUACUCAAUUACUGAUGAAAUUUUGCUUUCAAGACAGUGGCGUGAAAAUCAGCUGAGAUGAAUUUUUCUUUAAGUUAGAGAACCAUUAUUUGUAGAAGCUGUUGUGGAUCUGUUAGUAAAUAGCGUGCUUGUGGCAGAUCGGGAUACAGGCAGUAAACAUAUGACAAUCUAAAAUGAAAAGGAGGAUUAGAAAGUGCGGUCUUGAGGAGAGGUUGCUUCUUUGACAAAUGAUUCUAUUGUACUGUAUUUCCUUUGAUAUUGCUGUGGUUGGUGGGUACCUCGUGAAAUGGCAGGUAAAUGUUAAAUGGAGAAAGUCAAUGCUCUUUUUUUUUUCCUUCUUUUGAAGCAGCUACAUGCACUAAUCCUUAAUGUGAACUUCACGCAGUUUUCACCGUGGACUUUUAUUUUAAAAUGUUUAACUUUAAAAAUUGUGUUUAACAGUGUUUAAAUCAUGGAAAUCUUCCUUGACCUCUUUAAAAGUAAAUGUUCUUGAAUGAGUCUUCGAUAUCAAAUAGUCAGGGUAAAAAAAAAAAAAUUUUCAAUGCUUUUUUUUAUCAAGAGCUUCACUGAUUCACACAAACCUGGUGCUUUGAUGGCCAGUACUGGGCAUACGGUCACUAUCUACCAGUAGCAAUUUACUGUGGUUUCUCUGAAAUUGUUUUCCUAUAUGGAAGUGAAUACUAUGUAUCCAAAGUGCCUUAAUUUCGAUACUAUGCUGGUUUUGUGAAUGCAUAGCCACGUCAAUAUCACUGUGUUUCAUAAUCAGCUGAAAAUCUGUUACUGCAUUUUAUAAAGCUUCCUUGUCAACUAAUCAUGUUUUCUGCAAUUCAGAAUGCAGUGCAGCUUUUGUAACUUUUGUAAACACUAUUUUUAUUUUCUGUGAUUGCCAGGUUCUUGAGAUGAUGAAGUAUUAAAAGAUGGAAAUUAAAACAUAUUCUACUUUUCUUUUCAAAUUGUCUAAUAAAACUGACUUUUUGAAUUGUCUAAUAAAAAUAUCUGAUGCUUAA